GCAACCAAUGGCUUAAGCAGAUUUGAAAUCACUCCCCUGAAACAGCACGGGAGACAUUAGGCAUUCUGAAAUGAAUCGUGCGUAAAGAGCAGAAGAGAAAUUUCUCACAAAAAGCAGUUCAAGCACUUCUGCUUACCUGUGUGGCUCAGGUGUUCUGUGUGGUGGGGGUUGUGUAUGUUGAUAGAUUCGAAAGGAACCUGAGGUUUGGUGUCUCCACAAACUGUACGUACCUGUUUCCUCAUUGGGAGGGGCCCAGAAACUGAGCAGGAGCAAAGCACAAUUUCUCGUUCUGAAAAAAAGACCUUCCUACUUGUCAACAUUGUGCAAAGUUCCUUUACUAGGAAGUUACAUAAGUGUAGCUCCUUCUCUCUCUCAAGACUGAAGCUGUUCUUUUAAAAUAUUUUCCCCCCAAAUGGUAUCUUGGAUGUUCCACAAUCAGAUUCUCUAGCAAAAAAAUAUUUCUAUACGUAGAGUGAUUUUUAUUAGAUUCCACUUGGAAACUGCUUUGAAGCCAUGUGAGCUUGAGAAAAAGAGCCUAUUGGCACUUCAGGAAGUUCUGAAUACUAUCAAAUGUUUAAAAGGAGGACAGGCUGCUUUAGCCCUGAAGUAAACUCUGCCGACUUUGACCUGAUGAGGUGUCCUGUUUCCAGACUGGCAAUAUGAAGUUGCUUACCUUUUCCUACUGCAAAUGUACCUUUUUGCUCCCUUCUCAUGCAGAGCAUGACAGUAAACCCCUCACAAAAUCAAGGGUCCUCCAUAUCAGAACACUAUGUUGUCAGCAACUGGGAAGAUUCUGUGGAAUCACUCUUUGGUAUGAGAGACUGACCAAGCAGGAAUUUUGGCAGCUUGUGCAGCAGAGCUAUGGCUCUGAGCUGGGCUUGAACACAGAAGAGAUGGAAAACAUUUGCUCAUCAUCUGAGGAAAAUGGACAGUCAAGGUCUAGCCUUUGUGAUGAAUCUGGGGAGAAGGAGACACCUAAGGCAGAUGGUGUAAUUCAAGAACCCAUUGCUCAGAUACUUGAAAUUGAAACGCAGUUACUUAAAGAAAACCCACUGAGAGAAGGGACUGACCCUGAACACUCCCACUAUGAUAAAGUAGAGAGAAGGAAUUCAGAAAGGACGACAGCUGAUGUAGCACAACAGAAAUAUUCCAUACAGCCACUGGAUCUAAUUGAGAAUUUCCCUCAGGAGAAGAGCAGUGCCUCAGAAAGUGAUGUUGAAGCUGAAGAAACCAUAUCUGAGAACGAUCUCCAUGGAAAACUGUUCAUUAAUAGGGUUUUUCACAUUGGUGCAGACAGGCUGUUCGAAAUGCUUUUCACCAGUUCCCUUUUCAUGCAGAGAUAUCUCAGCUCCAGAAAUAUAAUAGAUAUUGUGUCAACUCCUUGGAAUAGAGAAAGCAGAGGCAAUCAGUUGAGGACCAUGACUUAUACUAUUGUUUUUAACAAUCCACUUAUUGGAAAGUCCACAGCUGCAACAGAAAAGCAGGUCCUGCUUAAACGGAGCCACAAAGAUCAAUCGUAUCGGAUAGAUGCAGAAGUGACAACUCAUGAUGUGCCUUACCAUGAUUACUUCUACACUGUAUAUAGUUACUGUAUCGACCCCCUGUCCAGUCAGAAGUGCAGACUACGGAUUUCCUCAGAUGUGAAAUAUAAGAAACAACCAUGGGGGCUUGUCAAGAAUAUAAUAGAGAAAAAUACAUGGAGUGGGAUACAGGAAAAUUUCAAGCAACUUGAAUCCGAAUUGUUAAUGGAGGAAUAUGCAAUCAACAAACCAACUGAAGAUCCAGAGAAAUUAAGUGUUUUGAGGAGAAGAAGGUGGACUUUACAGCGGAACAUGGGAGAAAUACUUCCUAAACGCUCUGCACAUUAUUCUUCUGGGGAUACAAAUGUGCAUUCUCAUGGUGAUGCAGGACCAACAAGGGAUGCUACAAAUAAGACCAUCACCAUCAUAGUGGUAAUGAGCAUCUUUUUGCUCUUAUUAGUUCUGCUGAAUGUGACAUUAUUCCUUAAAUUGUCAAAGAUAGAAUAUGCAGCUCAGUCAUUUUACCGUGUUCAUGUUCAAGAAGAAGGAUCAGCAAAUGUACCCCUUAAUGUGGCUGCAAGGGAGAAAAGUCCUCAUCACAAGACAGAUCAAGUCCAGCAUGUGAAAGGGGUGCUGAGGGAUUCCAUAGCAUUGCUUGAGCAGUUGAAGAGUUCCCUUUAUAUGCUCCAAAGCAGCUUUGAUCACCUAAACAAGACUAGAAGCAGGAAGCCUGAAAAUUGAUUUUCACCAUACUAAGGGGAAAGAAGAUGCAUUGGUGAAACUGCUAGACAAUGAAACUGCUUAUUUUUUCACAUUUUUUCUUCAGCAGCCAUAUUUAAUAAAUAUCUCACAUAUUUUUUUAAAAAUAUAUUUCUAUGUAAUGGGUUCUUUUAGCCCAUUAAUCCUCCAGAUCUUUUCGUGUGUAUUUUUCUAAACUGAAUUCUUGGUGUUAAUAAUUAAGAACACUGUGUCGUGUGGUGAAUAUAUGUGAAAGAAUCUUCUGAAAUGUGAUAAAAAAUGUACAUUCAUCUCAGACAAGUUUGGAGAAACAUAACAGAUGCAAAAUAGAUUGUCUUGUGAAGGUUGUCACACCAACAGGUUCUCCACUUAUCUUUCUCUAUAUUCAUGCAACAGGUCUUCAGAAGUGAAUACUGUAUCUGCACAAAUGUUUUAAGUAUCUAUUUAUGUAUCUCUCUCUCUCUCU